CGGUUAAUUAACAACAGGGACAACCAAAGCGCAAAGCCUGACUGGGAACAUGAUUGUCACUAGGCUAAGAGCCUAACAAAUCCGAAGGCAAAUCUAUUGUUAUUUUAAGUUUAAUUAAACUAGAAGAAAAUGGAGAUGAAAGGCAGGGACAAGGCCAGAAGCAAGUCGAGGUCGCUAGAUUUGGAUCCGGACUCAUACACCACGUUUAGGACAGACCUCGGGAAUAUCGAGGAGGAUAGGCAGAUCGCGUCGUUGGCUGUGCAGUUCGUCGUAAGUGGCGCGAGGAAGGGCAACGUGCACCUGUGUUCGAGGAUUGCCGAGUUACUGCGUGAGAAUAAACGUCUGCACAGGACAGUGGAGGCCCAGAGAGUCCACAUAGAGGAGCUGAGGGUUCUGUGUUCUCUGAGCACUGCUGGUCCAGUGGGUCCACUUUCCUCACCAACCCCUGGUGCUCCCUCCCCCUCUCCUUUCCCUUGUCUUCUCCCAUCCACGUCUCACCUCCCAUAUCCCCCAUUGGCCACCUCCCCCACCCUCCCACUCUACCUCCCCUCUCUGUCAGGCUCCUCCCCCACCACCUCCUCCCAUAGCUGCAGCUCUGGGCGGGGCAGUCUGUCCUCCAGCACCACACCUCCCUGUCUGCCCCGACUUGGGACUCCCCAUCCUGGUGCCCUCCUUACCCCUUGCAGGCGACAGCCAUCUUCUCUGCCCUGCGUGGAGGAGAAUGAGAUACCCAGCAUGCCUCACUCUCCCCAGCAGAGGAGAGAGUCGGACGCUCAUGGCCCUGAGCAUGACGGGUGGUCUAAAGCGACAGGCAAGAGGAGAGGGGGUCUUCUGCCUGCUCCGGCUCCAGAGACAGUGGGUUACGCUCAGGCUCUGAAGAAGAGAGUCCUGCGACAGAGUGCCUCAUGUGAAGCUGAGAGAAAAGAGGUUGAGGAGAUGGAGAGGAAAGAGAAUGAUGAGCACGAUACCACAGCACUUUAUCGAGAGGGUCUGGAUCCAAACUCCACAACGCGGAGACAUCGUCUCCAGGUGAAUGAUCGUGUGACACUACGUGACCGGAGGGGAGUAGAUGAGAAAAGGAAGAGGGGAAAAGAGAAAAGGAGAGGAGCUGUGAGGUUUAUAGGACCUUUACAGAACACUGAUUCUACAGAGGUCUACAUUGGAGUGGAACUGGAUACACCCUGUGGAGAGAACAAUGGAAGUAUCCAUGGUUACAGGUAUUUCAGGUGUGAGCCCAACCAUGGCGCUUUCACCACAAUCUCAGGGAUAAGGAAACUCUCCUCCCACUCCAGGCACACAGACUCCCCCCUCCCUCAGAGACCUUCCCAGGGGGCCACUGACUCCUGCUCAGGAAGCUCCACAGCCGGGAGUGGAUUAUGGAGGGAGGAGAGGGGGAGUGAGAUGGAGGAGGAAUGGGGUAGGAGGAAGGGUAAAGGGAAGGGAGAAGAAGGGGAGAGGUCAGGGUAGUGAGAGGGGGAAGGGGAGUGAGGAGGAGAGGGAAAAGGGGGAGGAGAGGAGAGGGAAGGGGGAGGAAGAGAGUGAAAAAGUUAGUGAGAGGGAGGAGAGGGGGAUUAAGAGUAGGAAAGGCCUGAGACACACCAAGAAGGAGAUGGCGAUCACAGCGCUGGUCCAUACAGACCCUGGAACCUGAAACAGCAGAUUCCUGUAUGGCCUGUUAACACACUCCCCACACCCCCCUCAUUCCAUGGACUCCAUGGCCUUCCAUAGCUCCUUUAAUGGAUGUGUCAAACAGCCUUUUUUGUCAUUUCAUUUUCAUUUAUCUUGUUUAAGAAUAUCCAGUAAUAUUAGAACACUAAAUAAAACUAGCUCCAACAUUAGAUAUUUUGCUGAUGUGUUUGAUGUGACAACAGCAACAAAGGAAACAGGCCACACUCCAGGGUAGGACUUGUAAGGCAAUCUUUAUUGCAUAUGAAUGACAGGACCUGACGUUGCCUCCAAGCCAUGCCAUCUGAACUCAGUUCAGAGACAGCACCUGAACCUGUCUUCAUGGUGGCGUCACCAGCAGUCGCUACUCAGCUGUGCUCUACCUGCUAUGCACUUGCUACUAAGCCCAUUUAGUACAGCUGUGUUCACCACAACUAGGCUCACACAGAGAAAACUAGGAACACUGAACUGCAAGGGUCUGCUCACUGGCCCCUCAAACGUGUUAGCUCACAAAGCUUAGCGAGGCCGAGACUGUACAGGCUGUGGCUAUCACUAACUGGUCUCACUUCACUCAGGAGUACAAUGAGAGAGCAGAAAACCCAUGAGCAGAGACUCUGUUCCUUUCAUGUCUG